AUGGAAUUUCUUUCUAGAUCUCUUUUAAUAGCUGAGUCUAAUAAAUCUAUUACUGGAAUUAGAGUGUCUAGAAAAGCUCCUGCUAUUUCUCAUUUGCUUUUUGCAGAUGAUAUUCUCAUCUUUGGUCAAGCUGAUAUGCAACAUGUUAAUGAUAUUCUAAGGAUUUUGCAAAAUUUUGGUACUCUUUGUGGUCAGAUGCUUAAUUUUGAUAAGUCUUGUGUGUACUUCAGUCAUAACCUUGAACCUGAUUAUUGUGACUAUCUUGCUACAACUCUUAACAUGUCUAUUGUCACAGAUUCUGAGAAAUAUUUGGGUGCUCCUUUGUUGUUAGGACACUCAAAGGUAAAAUCUUUUGAUCCCAUUAUGCAUUCUUUUGAAGCUAGACUCAAGAGUUAUGUGAGUAUCACUCUUAAUCAAGCUGGUAGAUCUACCUUGAUUAAAUCUGUUUUGAAUUCUCUUCCUACUUAUCAAAUGUCUUGCUUCAAAAUUCCUACAACUUUGCUUAAUAAACUUGAUUCUCUCCAGCUGAAUUUCUGGUGCGGUCAUAAGUCUGGUAAAGGUAUUAAAUUUGUAGGCUGGGAUAGUAUAAACAAGUCUAAGGAGAUGGGAGGAUUAGGUUUUAGGGAUCUUGAAACUUUUAACACUGCCCUCAUUUGCAAACUUGUUUGGAAAAUUGUUAUAGAGGAUAAAGAAUUAUGGGUGCAAAUUUUAAGUGCUAAGUACUUUAAGAAUUGCAGCAUUCUUCAUCGGAUAAGCUUAAUGAGAAUUGUUCCUGGAUUUGGAGGGGUAUUUAUAGAAAAUACUAGGUCCUGGAAUGCUCAGUUAGUUCAUUAUCUCUUUAAUGAGGAUUGUGCUAAAAAAGUUCUUGCUAUGAAUGUUCAUGUGAUUGGUAAAGAUUCUCUUAUUUGGUUGUCAGACAGGAAGGGUUAA